UGCAACCAUUUUCUCACAGUCAGCCAUCGGUGGACGCAGAGUAACUUUGUACCGUUUCAUGGCACAAUCUAGAAUGAGGCUUACAAACUAGGGUUCUAAUUGGACUUAGCCCAGCAGAACUUUUUGUGAUUCGGAACGAAAGAAUCUUGGAUCGUUCCUUUUGUUUCUCUUAUACUUCGGAUCGUGCCAUGAUGUUUAAGGUUCUAAGGUAAGGAUGGCAGAACACGAUGUAGAGCGGGAUGUUCUCACCGCUACGGAACCUGCGGUUGAGGAUAUACAACAGCAAACUUCGGAAGAAACCUCGCUCCUUUCAACCAGCAAGAAAAUCGACUACCAAUCAACCGAUGUAUCAUCAGGAGAUUCCUCAACCUUAGAAAAUGAAACCCCUCAGCAACCCCGCAGUCCCAUCGGCAUCAUCGCCCUGCUGCUCAUCGGCGUCUUGAUAGCCCAUGCAGAUAGCAUGCUCGUGCUGGCCACAUACGGAACCAUAGCCUCUGAAUUCGGAGCUCUGAAAGACGCCGCCUGGCUAACGACCAGUUUCUCGCUGGCGGGCUGUUCAACUCAACCUAUCAUGGGGAAACUGAGCGAUAUCUACGGACGCAAAGCUGUACUGUUGAUUUCUUACGUUCUGUUUGCUGUGGGGUGUGUUGUUUGCGGAAUCGCCGAAUCAAUGCCCCAAGUGAUCUUAGGCCGAGUAAUCAGCGGUUUCGGCUCCGCAGGAAUGACCGUCCUCGUCUCAAUAAUCCUCACCGACCUCGUCCCCCUCAUCCAAGUCGCCUCCUGGCGUUCCUUCGUCAACGUGGUCGCCACCCUGGGACGAAGUAUCGGUGGCCCAUUAGGUGGUCUACUCGCCGAUACCAUCGGAUGGAGAUGGUCGUUCACUGGCCAAGGACCACUCCUCAUUGUGGCUAUUGUACUUGUAGCUAUCAAACUACCUUCUUUUGCUCCAAGCGUUGAGGAGCAGCCGAAAGGGAAACCGUCCAAGUUGAGAAGGAUUGACUUCGUAGGUGCGGUUUUGUUAGCAGCGACCAUCGUCUCCCUUCUCGGAGCAUUGAGCGUCGGAGGACAGUCUGUGCCUUGGGGCCAUCCGCUUGUCCUCGGUCUUCUCAUCGGCUCCGUAGUUCUAGGAACCAUAUUCGUUGUAUAUGAAGAGAAAUAUGCUUUUGAGCCCAUCUUCCCUCCUUGUCUUGUUAUCCAACGAGAUGUAGCGACGUCGUAUCUAAUCCAGGCUUUGCAAGCCGCUGCUCAGAUUAGCAUGAUGUACUCAGUCCCCCUCUACUUCCGUGCCACCCAACUCACAACCAACACCGUAGCAGGAGCGCACCUCUUCCCGGCGGUCGUAGGAAACACAAUCGGCGGUCUCCUCUCCGGCUACAUCAUCCGAAAAUCCGGCCGUUACAGACUCCUCACCAUCUUCGCUUCCCUCGCUUCUUCGCUCAGUUACCUGCUUUUGAUCCUGCGCUGGCACGGCCAUACGUCCUGGCUGGAAAGUCUGUAUAUCGUGCCCGGAGGCUUCGGGACCGGGAUCGUGUUCUCGAGCACGAUGAUUAGUAUGGUGGCCGGCGUGAGGAAAGAACAGAUGGCUGUUGCGACGGGAGGGCUGUAUUUGAGUGGUAGUAUUGGGAUGAUGGUUGGGGUUGCGGGGUCUAGUGCUGUGCAGCUUGGGACAUUGAGGCCGUUGUUGGAGAGGGGGUUGGAUGGGGUUGAGGGUGGGAAGAGGAUUCUGGAGGAGGUUAUGGAGAAUGUGGGGAGUAUUAAGGGGUUGGAAGAGGGGGUGAGGAGGGUGGUUGUGGAGGCUUAUGUGAAGAGUUUGGAGUAUGAUCAUAUGGUUUCUCUUGGUUGCACGCUUAUUGCACUGUUGUUGGCGUUCAGCAUGCGGGAACAUCCUCUAAAAUAAGAUAUAUAUUGGAGAAGAAAAAGUUAGAAGGGCUAAAGAAAUAGACAAUGAAUAGAGUACUAAAUGGGUACAAUAAAUAUUCAUCCGCAGCUCC